ACGUAGUGUGCUAGUGCUGCGCGUUGUCGUCUGCUGUGUUUGGUGAGAUUUAUCAUAAAAUAUGUUGCGCGUUACUGAGUGCAUUGUUAAAUAGCUAGGCGCAGUUUGUAAAUAAAUAAUCUAUAGAAGUACUACAGCGGAGCUGUACGCUCUUGAAGCGAUUGAACGCUCUUGAAGCAUAAAAAUGUUACAGGCAGCCGUCUGUGGAGGCUCCCCAGUAAUGCCCCCGAAUACAGUUGAUCCAUCUACAAACGACGCUCCGUUAGAGUUCACAUCAAGAAUGAAAGCCUCAGUUUCAUCCGACGGAUUAGGACGUCCUGUGAAUCCACCUUUUACAAGUUUUGCCGCUGGACUACCAGAUAGCAAUGGGAUGCCCUCACUAGCUACAGGAAUGAUAGCUAGCCCUGCUCCCUGGGGUGUACCACCCUUUGUGAGUAUACCUGGUGACCCAACUCUCAUGGGAGUGGUGGCAUCGGGUUACAGCCAGUGCCCGCAAUUUGGGUUUCUGGGACCCCCUCCCGAUAUGAACCCUGGCAUAUUGCCUGCUUCUGUAAUGGGGAACGAGCCUCCUGCUAAGGAAGUGUUACGUUUUCCUAACUCUGUCCUCUACCCUCCCAAGCCAAGCAUGCCUCCUCCAGCGACACGGGACAGACCUCCUGGUUGUCGCACCGUGUUUGUUGGCGGCCUUCCUGAAAAUGCAACCGAAGAUGUGAUUCGUGAAGUGUUCCAGCACUGUGGUGAGAUCACCACCAUUCGUAUGAGCAAGAAAAACUUCUGUCACAUCCGCUUUGAGAGCGAGGAAGUUGUUGACAACGCAAUAGCCUUCUCAGGAUACCGUAUGAAAAUUCAAGGCCAAGAUGAUGCGAGCAAUACGGGACGUCUACACGUGGAUUAUGCCCAGGCAAGAGAUGACCAACACGCCUGGGAGUGCAGACAACGAGCUAUACAGAGAGAACUACGUCAUCGUGAACGUAUGGACCGGGAACGCUUACGGCCUCCAUCUCCACCGCCUGUGGUGCACUACUCAGAUCAUGAAGCUCAACAGUUGACCGAUAAGCUUAAAAGUGAAGAAGCAUUCCAAAAGGCUGUGCAAGUUCUCACAGUGUGGCUUGACAGAGGCGAGUGCUCCAAGCGCAACGCUGGCCACUUUUACUCCAUGCUGCAGACGACAAACAGUCACGUGCGUCGGCUGCUUCAAGAGAAGACUCAACACGAGGAGGAACUGAAUCGAGCAAAGGCGCUCUUCAACCAACGCCUGCAGGGAAUCCUUAUCCAACUCGGGCAGAUUGAGAAGGUAUUUGGGGUGGCCAGCCACCAGAAGGUCUGGGAUCAUUUCACCAAGGCCCAGAGGAAAAACAUCGACACCUGGCGAAAGCAGUCACAGGAAAUAAAGUCUGCUCACCUGGCUGAUGUGCUCGACAAACGCCAAGAGGAUGAGAUGGACCUAAGUGACGACAACGACGAUGCGCCGCCCAUGAAGAUAUCAAAGGAUACUCAUAAUUUUGCAGGGAGCCACGCAAAAGAUGGAAAAGGUGGAGACGACGAUGAAGAAGAGGAUCCAGAAGAAGCGCUGAGAAGACUCCAAGAGGAAGCAGAUUCUCUGCGCUGUCAGCUAGAAGCCUAUCGGAAUGAGGCAGAGCUAUUGAGGUCUGAGCAUGAACACAAGGACCAACAGUUGAGGCUUCUUCAGCAAGCACUUCAAGGGGUACAGCAGCAGAGAGCCAAAGACCUCGACAAGUUGGGGAAGUUGGGAUCAAAGUCUGAUUCGCCACCUGACAGGGAACCUUCUACCUCCUCCUCCUCUCGCAAUGAAGUCUCAUCCUCGGUGCAGGUUGCUGGGAUAAGGAUAACAGAAAAAGAUGCAAAGUUAAUAGCGUCCCGGGCAGUCCUUUAGCCAUCACUGACCUCCUGCUUCGUUUUGGCCACAAAUAACCUGCAGACAAACCGAGCUCAUCGUUCAACAAUGACGAGUUGCCGCGAUGCUGGGUCUACUUCUUCAUCUGCCGCACAUUCCGGGAGACAGAAGCAUUGUCUGCAAUUCGUCCUUUCAUGCUGCCUCGUUUUGUUUGUCGUGUGGCAGGACAAAGGCGCUGAUAGGAUAUUAAGUAUCGUUCUAAUAAUGUUGGCCAUUUAACGUAUUUACGUUUCUGCUGUUACUGCAAUUUACUGCACCGUGAACACUAUAGCGGUUACGACGCAUUUGUUUGUUAGCUUGAGUUACGAACCUGUUGCUGAAGAGACAAGCAUUCCAUGCUUUUAGAAGCAUGCAUUUUAAGAAAACGAACGGCAAAUUGGGGAUUACUUACAGCUUCAACGCCCCCCCCCCCCCUCCCACGAGACUGCAAUUAUUUCCCAUUUACUCUUCUGACUCUGAAAUUUACUCCCCAGCACUGCAAAUAGUCCCUAAGCUUAGCAGGAACUUCAGUGUAUUUAGUCCUAAAAGGGACUAAUGGUUGUGUCAAUGCGUGUAGUCCUCAAAAGGAGUAAAAUAUCUCCCCU